UCUGGUUUUCUCAACACCAUUUCGAAGGAGAAACUAAUGAUAAGUGGAGAAUAUCGGAUUUUAGUUGACAAGACGCAUGAUGCCCGCACCUCAUAUUCCCAUGCAGGAUCCUCUGGUUCUGAAGAUAAAUCUCAGUGACUGGAAACCGGCAGAAUGGCCUCCAGGGAUUUGGUCAUAGGCGUGAUCUUCUUAACCCAAACUGUGGUCGGAAUCUUGGGGAAUUUCUCUCUUCUUUACUAUUAUAUCUUCCUCUCUUUCACUGGGUGCAGGUUGAGGCCCACAGAUUUCAUUGUCAAACACCUGGUUGCAGCCAACUCCUUAUCCCUCCUCUGUAAAGGAGUCCCCCAGAUGAUGGCAGCUUUCGGGCGGAACAAUUUUCCAGGUGAUUUUGGAUGCAAACUUCUUUUCUAUCUUCACAGAAUAGGCAGGGGUGUGUCCAUAGGCAGCACCUGCCUCUUGAGUGCCUUCCAGGCCAUCACAAUCAGCCCCCAGAACGCCAGGGGGACAAAACUUAAAAGGAAAGCUCUCAAGUACAUUGACUUCUCUCUAUUCCUGUGCUGGACCGUCUACAUGCUGGUAAAUAUCAUUUGCCCUAUCCAUGUGACUGGCAAACGGAACAACGUGAGCAUCUCAAUGAGAAAGGAUUUGCAAUACUGUUCGGGGACAACUAACAACAAACUCACACAAUUGCUACAUGCAGCGUUGUUAUCAUUCCCUGAUGUGUUAUGUUUGGGGAUCAUGGUCUGGGCCAGUGGCCACAUGGUCUUCAUCCUGCACAGGCACAGGCAGAGGGUCCAGCACAUUCACAGCACUCAUGUCGCCCCCAGAUCCUCUCCUGAGUCCAGAGCCACCCAGAGCAUCCUCGUCCUGGUGAGCACCUUUGUGUGUUUCUGCUCCCUCUCCUCCAUCUGCCAAGUCUUUAUGGCUGUUUUCGAUAAUCCCAGCUGGUUGCUGGUGAACGUCUCUGCCUUGAUCAGUGGAUGUUUCCCAACUGCCUGCCCCUUUGUUCUCAUGAACGGUAACUCCUGUGUGUCCAGGUUCUACCUUCCCUGGCUGAGGAACACAACAUCCACGAAAGUGAUAACAAACGCGUAAAUUGUACGUUUUUGCACAGUGUACAGUUGUUACUUCAUUCAUUCCCCGAGCUGCCAGCAUAAUGACGCAACAAUCACACCCCAGGAGAGUGGUCAGCAAGCCAGA